AGGACACUCAAAGCUAUUCGUUUCUAUCUUUAAUAUCCACCCACUCCUCACAUCCAGUGUUUCAGUUGUGCCUUAUCAACAAGCUGAAAGUCAAUCCAGUUUUUAAUCCAGCUGAACAUUCGUUCCUAACCCCAGGCUCCACAGUGUCCAGCUAAUGUCAUUUUGCUUCAGGUGAAGAGCUUCAGGGAUGGUCUAAUACUUUCUCUGCAUCCAUUCUUCACUCAUCCACCAUGGAGGAACUCCAAAGGAAACUGAACCAGCGCUAUGAAGGCACCAAGCCCAGAAAAGUGAGAUUUAAGCUGGCAUCAUCCUACAGUGGUCGCGUGUUAAAGCACGUGUAUGAGGACGGCCAGGAGCUGGACAGUCCAGAGGAGAAAUACCCUCACAGCUUCGUCCACAGGAAAAUCCCACCCAGCCACCUUGAGAUGGAGCAGCUUUGCAGCUUUGAAGACACACAUGAAGACCAACAAGAAUACGACCCUCCAACAGGGCUCAUUGCCCAAAGAAUAAACGUAUACAGAGGAAUGAGAAACUACAAACCUACAGCUGGUAUGACCGAUGGAGCAGAAGGAGACGGACAGUCCCAAGUGUUAGACUUUGGCAAAAUAAUUAUCUACACCAGCAACCUGCGCAUCAUAAGAGCACCGCCGAAGAAGCCCGAAAUGUUGCGACAACACUCGGUGCCCCCGCUGGACCUGGAGGAAUACCCAAAGGCCAAGGACAGAGGGAGCAGGAGGAGGGAUAAAGCUCUUCACAUGCAGGAGGGGGUGGAAAAGGAUGAGAAACCUGUCAGGGACACAGAUACCAAGGAGGCCGGCAGCUGCCAGCAUUGUGGUGGUUCGGGCUGCGCUCCCUGCUCUCUGUGUCAUGGCAGCAAGCUGUCCAUGCUGGCGAACCGCUUCAAUGAGUCCAUCAGCGAUCUGCGUUGCCAAGCCUGCUACCCUCAUGGUCUGGAGAAGUGCCAGUCCUGCUCCAGUAAAUAGCACCAUUUGGCUGCCACCCAUAUCUGGCAAAGAGAGAGUCCGUGAGUGUGUGGCCGAUGUACUAUAGGGAUG